AAGGUGAGAUAAAACCAACAGAUAAUAUGCAAAAUUAUGUUGACUAACAAAUAAUAUUUUAACUUUGAAUAUUACAGUGCUACCAAAAAUAUUUCUGUGAAAAACAAAAUCUGAAAAAUUUAAUCAGAAAGUUCAUCUGCAAUGCUAAAAGUUCAACUUUUUUUUAGCCAAAUUCAAUAAUAUAGUAAAAAUAUCGAAUGUUAUAUCAAUAAUAAUUCACUUCAUAAAUACUUUUUGUGUUAAGAAAAAUUUUACUCAUGACAUUGAACAAUCCAAAUUUAUGAAAUAAAAUCCUGAGUAAACGACGUCCUUAAGUGCAGUCAUCCUUUAAAACAAAGAUAUAUAUAUAUACAACCAUACUAAGUACGUUAAAAACUCCUCCUGCUUCUGAGCGCUAGUAAACUGAAAGUAGUCAAUUAAGUUUAACUUUUUUUUCAUAGGUGUUUUCUACAAAGGAAUAACACACGUAUGUCAAUACUGAUUGUGGAUUACAAGAACCCAAGAAUGAUAACUCUUCUUGUGUUACUGAUAUUUACUUCUAAUAGCUUCCAAAGUGUUAUGUCUUCAUGCUUAAGAUAUUAUUCACAAUAAAAAACUUUUUUUUUCAUUGUUGUCCACUCAUUACUAAUGUACACAAAUGUAUAAUUAAUAAGAAUAGAGAUUUUAUUACACUUUUAUAAUAUAUAUUUAUAAAUAUACAAAAAUUAUGUAGCCGAAGCAAAGUGAUAAAUGUAGAUCAUGAUCAGUACAGAUUAAUAAGGGGAGAUAGUAAAUGACUAAAAAGAGGGUGUAUAGGGAAAAGAAGAAUAUGACUAACUCCUUUACACCAUGUUCUGUGUCAUACAUCUCUUACCUUGACAUCUCUUACCCUAUAGCUUUCUGUUUCACCGUGUAUUAUAUUAUCUCUUACUCUGCCACAUCCUUUAUACCCUGUCCUAUAUCGUCCAUUUCUUACACUGUUAUCCCCUGAUUCACCCCGUGCUACAUUACCUAUCUCUUACCCUGCCACAUACUUUACAUCCUGGUCUGCACCGCCCAUAGCUUACCCUGCUAUAUCCUUAACAUCCUGUUCCUUGCCGUUCAUCUCUUACCCUGUCAUCAACUGUUACAAGUUGUACUUGUAUUGAGCCUUCAAAAAUGGGGUAGGUACAUAUGUUUGGCGUAUUUCUCGAAACAUUGAUAAGAAUCUGUGAUCAUGUUUAAUUGCAAAUGCUUAGUUAAUAUUUUUUUAAUACAGGGUUAUAUAGCAAUAAACAUGUUUCCUUCAAAAUGGCCAGAGUUCAUUAAAUGAAUGAAUAGUCAUACUUAAACACCACACUCACAAGAAACGUUUGUUAAAAGUGUUUGAGUUAAAAACGAAAGAAAAUAUUAUAAACGUUAAAAACAACAAUGAUACUGCAAAUAUAGUCUGAUGUAGGUUUAUUCAAAAUUGCUUCCGAUUACUUUAAAGUGCUCUACACGGCAUUUUUGUCUACAUGUACAGACAGUCGAAAUACCCAACAAAAGUACAGCCCGCGAUCCUAUUUAAUCUUACCUGUCAGUGUAGUUAAGAAAGACCUGAUGUUGUGGGUAAUUAUAAUUGUACAAAACAAAGGCUUACAGAAUUACGAUAAGCAUCAGCGAUGCGUAGAUUCCCCUAUUAAACAAAUACAAUGGCUACCGGAAAUCAAAACUGAGAGGUUGUGGAAAAACCUGAUUAACAUAAAAAGACCAAAGAAUGCAUAUAAAUGUUAUAUUUAAUAGUGGCUGUUUAAAACAGAAUAUAGCGAGAGACAUCCUUACUUCCACGUUAUCCAUUCGGCUUACUUAAGAAAAUUUAAUGAGUACAGCCGCUAAACCUCUCUAGACACAAGAAAUAUAACAAUGCAUGAUUUGCAAGCAACACGGACGAUAUCUGUUGUUUUUCUACUAUUACUAGAAGGAAUGGUUCAUUGUGCAAUUAUUUCCCAGGAAAAGGAUACAUUUCCAUGGUAUCCACAAGGCUGGAAUGGGUACGUCUUGUUUUGUCCAAUCGCCUGUAAAAACGUGUCAAUUGGCGGAACCACCAAAGAGGGCUGCUGCGCAUGCCAUUCAAAAAGUGUUUGGGAUUUCAGUGGGAGAGUUUCACAGUUAAAUCUUUCGAACGAUGGAUACCUGGAAGGAAACAAGUCUGCCAGAAAUAUACAUGUCAAUUUCGUCAAAGAGAACUUACAGUUUCUCCUCAAAAAUAUUUGCAAUUUUCCAGGAAUAACAAAAAUCAAUCUGUCGUUUAAUCUCAUCACGAAUAUCCCAAACCUUUCUUGUGUACCAAAUUUGACUGAUUUGAAUUUAUCUUACAACAAGUUAUCUUUAUUGCCGAAAACGUUAACCCAGAAUAGGAAUCUGAGAAGGGUGGAUCUGUCAGGUAACUAUAUCACACGUUUGGAGACCGGAGUGGUGGCUGCACUGUCAGCUCACAACAUACUUCUACAAGGAAAUCAGGUCAUAUCAAUGGAUGUCACAGAUGUUGUGUUUGAACGACCUUUUUGUGUGAUUAAUAUGUCUCAUAAUGCUUUGAGUAUUCCUACAAAUGAAAACAACUGGAAAGUAAAUCUAACAGCGAGGUAUGGACCUGGGAAAGGAGUCUUUUCAUUUAAUUUCUUUACAAGAAUGCCUAACGCAACAAACAUCGGCUUUUCACAUAUUUUCGAUUUUGGUAAGCUGUUUGAUUUUGGGUUCGAUGCUCGACAUAAUCCUAUAAUUUGCGAUUGCAAGAUCGCCGAGCCCUUGUUAUUCUUUAAAGAUUACAUUGACAUUAUGAAAAGAGAUUACUUCAACAUAACAUGUGGUUCACCAGAAAAGUUUCAGGGUAAGUCGUUACCGAGUAUCAUCAGGGAAAACCAAAUAAAAGAUUUGCUCUGUAACUAUACUUCGACUCCUUUGUGUCCAGUUGCUUGUACAUGUGAAGAAAGUCCUAAACACAUUGACUAUAGAAGCAAGUCCUUGACACUGACUCUCAUUAUUAACUGUUCCGGGGCUGGUCUAGAGCGCCUUCCUCGUGUUCUUCCCUACAGUGAUCGUAUCGAGUUUCACAUGAGAGGGAACAUGAUACACGAGAUAACUAAUAACCAUUACUUGAGCCACGUAAGUGUGUUAGAUUUAGAAAUGAUGCCCAUGUUCGAUAAGGAUGCCCUAGAUAAUCUAACACGUCUCCAAAUAUUUUCCGUACCGGAAUCGGAGCAGCGAAAAGGAAUUCCUCGAUCCUUGUCGCGUUUGAGUCCCUGUGUCUUUCUCCAAAAGACAGAUUUUGUUAUAGCCUGCACUUGCUCUCAUCUGUGGAUGUUGGACUGGAUAGGUAGUUUUCUGACCAGCAAAUGUGCUUCUUAUGUUUUUAAAUGUUUGAAUGGCACUAUUAAGGAAAAUUUAACAACCUAUAUUUCAAGUCUUAAUUGCUCAGACACGAAAGAUUUUCAUAGAUAUGAUUGGAUGUUUAUUAGCUCCUCUAUUUUGAUACUAGCUUGUUUAAUCAUACUAAUUGUUAAUGUUUGGAAGAUUGAACUUCGAAUUAUGCUAAGAUUAAGAAAGUUAUGUACCAAAAAUAUCAAAACUGUAGAUCAGGACUGUGUGGUUUACAUUUCGUACGAUGUCAAUAAUGUAAAAGUUGGCCCAUGGGUGUUCAAGACACUGGAACCAUUUCUAGCAAGUAAUGGUUUAAGUGCUUUUGUGCCAUCUCGUGAUCUGCCCUUGGGAAGUGUAAGAGCAGAGGAAGCAGCAUACCAAAUAUCAGUGUCCAGGUUUUACCUGUUGAUUCUGUCUGAGGGUUAUUGCAGCGAAGAGUCCAUUGUGACUCACAAUGAAUGGAAGAACAUUUGGAACCGUUACAUGUCCGAUUCCAGAAAAAAACUACUGGUCGUAAAUUUUGAUUUGAUGAAACCAGGCGAUGUGUCCUGUCGAAAACUAAGAGCUUUCUUACGUUUUGGCAAUAUAAUUAAUUUUUCACAGGGCGAAAAGAAAACAUUUUUACAAAUAUCCAAUAUGUUUGUAGAAUAGCUCAUUUGAAAUACGGAAAUUUCAGUUGUACUAAUGUUAGAAUUAGAACUGUGGUUCUUGGCGAACAAGGACAUAUCUUAUUUUUCUUUUGGAUAUUUAAUUCUUUUGUUUGCUUUUAUAUUAAUAGCUAGCAUUUGUCAAUGACCACCUAUUCAUAGACUUUGUUGUAGAGAGGUAUUUUUCUUAAAUAUAAUAGUAGAAUUAUUGUGAAACUUUUGAACAUAAGCAAAUAAUAGGUUUGAAUUAAAACUUUUUAUUGUACUGAUCUAUUACAACUGCUCAAAUCAAAGCAUUCUACAUAUUUAAAAUACUAACAUAUUAUUAUUCUCACUAAGCAUAUCACUAAGCAUUUCAGAGACAAUAUUUUUCCGUUACACAUACUUGGUUGGAAUCUUGUAAUAACAAGUAAUUUAAUUAACUAUCAAUUUAAUGAAUGCUGUAGUUUGUAUGAGUGUGAAAAGAUAUGAUAAUGCUAAGAAAACAAAACUAUUUUAAAUACAUGUAGAUUAAUUUUAUUACUUUGAUUGUGAAAUAUUUGUGAUAAUGAUAAAAAAUAAUAAAUGUAGCAGACAAUCAGUUAAAUGAAUUAUGAAUUUGAUAUCUUGGUAUUUUAUAUCCUAACAUUGUUUUCUUUUUUAUUUUGAUUGUUUUAUUUAUAUAUUUGUUUAUAGCUUACAUUUUCUUAUACACUGGGGCGUGGUGCGAUGGAUUUUGUUUUAUAGUUUUGGCUC